AUUAUUAUGUCGUGUUUUUAUAUUACGCGAGUCCUGCACAUGGCAACGUUGUAUCUUGACUGCACGGUGGCUUAUCACCGAACUUACCGGCUCGUAAGAUAUGAAUGCAAUGGAGAAGAAACUGGCAGAGUAUAAAUGUGACACCAACGAAGCGAUAUGUUUAAAAUUAGUGCGUUUCCCAGAGGACGUAGACGAUGACAGCACAGCGUUCCAUCCUGAAUAUAGCCAUCAGCUGUUUGGCGAUGAUGAAGUAGCUUUUGGAUACAAAGGUCUUCAGGUUCAGCUGUAUUACAGUGCGGGCAACCUAAGCACACUCUUCAAAGUGAAGUACACUGCCAGAGUCACCGAGAAGUUUGAUUGUGUGGAGCCUGACGAUGUGGAGGGGAAGAUCAGAAAGAUCAUUCCCCUCGGCUUCUGCAGUAACUCCGAUGACUUUAUCUCUCUCUUGGAGAAGGAGGCCAACUUCAAGCCCUUUGGUAGCCUUUUACACACCUAUAAAGUUCACAGUGUGGAAGAGGGAGCAGACCUCACUUACCAGAUACACAAGGCUGAUCUUUCGUGUCCAGGGUUCAGAGAAUACCACGAGCGUCUCCAGACCUUCCUCAUGUGGUUCAUUGAGACAGCCAGCUAUAUUGACGUCGAUGACGACCGCUGGGACUUCUUCCUUGUUUUUGAGAAAUACAAUAAGGAUGGGGAGACUCUCUACGCUACGGUUGGCUACAUGACAGUGUAUAAUUACUACGUAUACCCAGACAAAACCAGACCACGUGUGAGUCAGAUGCUGGUCUUGCCUCCGUUUCAGGGUGAGGGUCACGGAGCUCAGCUGCUGGAAACAGUACACCGUUUUUACUGCAACUCGCCUAAAGUCCAGGACAUCACAGCGGAGGACCCGUCCGAGAACUACGUGAAGCUGCGUGACUUUGUGCUGGUGAAGAUGUGCAUGGCUCUCCCCUCCUUCUCCACGGAACAGCUGAGCCGGGGCUUCCGGGACGAGAUGGCCACAGAAGCGCGCGAGAAACUCAAGAUCAACAAGAAGCAUGCCAGACGCGUGUAUGAGAUCCUACGUCUACGAAACACAGACAUGAGUGAUGAGAAAAAAGCCAGGGACUUCCGGCUGGAGGUGAAGAAGAGACUCUUUGGGCCUUACAGGAAGAACCAGCGUGAGCUGACGAAGAUGCGCAAGUGUUUGCGUCCGGAGGAGCUGGCGUCCCACAUCAGCCAGAUGGACACAAGGCUGCAGCACGAAGAACUGGAGAAGAGCUACCAGGAAGUGUUGGGAGAGUACCGCAGAGUCCUCGAAAGACUGGCACAGGCAUGAGCACCUGCGCAUGGAGGGGUUACUGGAAGACCCAGGGGGUUACUGGAAGACCCAGGAGAAUCUUGGGUCUGUCUGGGACUAUAGUAGAGUGCUCACAAACGCGUAAAUACACACACACACACACACACACACACACACACACAUCUGCCAACAAUUCCCCCCCACACCUUGGCUUGGCCCCAUUUGAGUGUAACACUGAUGUUAAUGGCAUAACUUCACCUGUUAGCUCUGGGGCGGUCACUUGGACACAUCACUGAUGACGCCGUUACAGACCAGACCUCCUCUGGCAAGUUUAGCUUUUUAUUGGUUAUUUCUCUUCUUUUUUCCCCUCUUAUUUCAUUAUUGUUUUUGAUCUAAAGAUGUGUGGGUUUUGAAGCACUUCCUGUAAAAAACAAACAAACAAAAAGAAUAAAUGUUUUGUAUAUUGCUCAGUUGUGUGCUGGAUUUGUUCAUAAAGUCAGAAUUAAGGUCACGUUGUGCCUCUACCUGCGUGCACACAGACCUGCACUAAGCGUUAUUUUCUAUUUAACUCUUAAUUUCUAUAACUUUACAUUUUCACUCAGGGAUGUUUAUAUCCAUCGGUUCUAUUUAGGGCUGGCCCAAAUACCGUUUUACAGACUUCAAACACUCUGGUGUUUUCAACCUCGCACAUGAACUGAACGUUCUGGGCGACCUCUGAAAAUCUUUAAUGCAUGUGCGGAUGGGGAUCUUGUAUUGCAUCAGACUUCUUGUGCAACAAAUCUUACACAAUAAGUAUUUUUCUCCCCAUCCAAAAGUGUUCAGUGUUCCCACACAGCUGGUUUCUUUAGUAUCUUUGCCCUUUCAGGCUUUAACGUUCGUGUGGAGAGCUGAGCUUUGUGCUUUGCUCUCGUUCUCUUUUUGCAUUGCCAUUUGCUAACAAAAUGUAUUAACAUGUAGGAUGCAUUUCCUACGGGUUUUGUUUUAAAUGAACUUUAGGAUACUGAAUUGUGAUUCAAAUACUGAUAUGAACAAAUAUCUUGAAUAUUCAGAUUGUUUAUGCCAGCCUGGUGUUAAUCUUCUGUGUUAAACAUCGUGUCAGCCCAAAAAAUAAUAAUAAAAUCAAGUAAAACCCUUGCUUGUUUUUAAGAUCAUUUCAUAUUCACAGGUCAGAUUUGUUCCUCUACUGUUGCCAACAUGGUUUCAUUCAGCAAAGAAAACUUGCCUGUAUAGGCCUGCUUAAAUAACCUAUGUAAGAAUGAACAAGCUUAUUGAGAGUUAAGCUAAUUUUAAACUAACACUUUAAUAUAUUUUGAUUUUCAGUUUAAUGUUGAAAGGUAUGACUUCUGUUUAAGGAUUGUUUGUUUUUUUUUAAAUGUAUGCUUGCUUGAUUUUUGCAUGCCGUGAAAUAAAUUGAGCCUUAUUGAUGAAGUGAUGAAACGUCUUGAUUAGGUUAUUGUGUUGUCCCUGUGGUUUCCUGUUUUAUACAAGUGCUUUCAACUUAAGCAAUUAAAAAAAAAAAAAAAAAA